AUGGUUAGACUAAAAUGCCGUUACAUACUUUUUGAGAUAUUAUACCCCCCUAUGGAAUUAAAUGAAUCUUACGAUGAACUAGGCCUUAACUCAUCAAACGAUAUUUUGUUGGCUCAUCAUAGGACCUCAUCGCCCGUAAUAACGAAUAAAACUAUAAUGCAGGAAUUGCACAGAAUAUUACAGAUUAAUUUUGGAGACUUUGGGGUAGGGAGAGCUAAGUAUUUAUUGAACAUGAAGUAUUUUUCAAAUAAAACUUCAACUGGAAUUCUGCGAUGUAGUCGAGACGACUACCAACUGAUCAUAAUAGCCCUGACAUUGAUAAAGAAGAUCGAUACAGUAUCAAAUCUAAUUAUUAAUCCUGUAAAGGUCAGUGGGACAAUAAAGAAAGUAGAGAAUUACGCUAUAUAUAGGAAUAAGAAACUUUGCUCGAAGACUUAUAGCCCGACAAUGCUAUCGGAAUUUAAAAAUAUUAGUGGCGACGACGCAAAUGACUAA